AGCCUUCACUCCCGCAUGGACGACGAGUUCCUGCUCCGCUUCCUUCGCACCAAGAAGUUCAAGGUGGAGGUUGCCUUCCGCACCAUCCGCAACUACUACCGACACCGGCGCGAGUCUCCCGAGAUCUUCCAGGGACUGCGGCCUUCAAAGCUGCGUCACGUGUACCAGGCGAACGGCCAGAUGCGGCUGCCCCUCAAGGACCCCGAGGGGAGACCCAUAUUCGUCCUCAGGAUAGGCUGUUGGAAGCCGUGUGACUACGACUACUAUCAGCUGCGCAAGGCUAACAUGCUUUGCCUGGAGGACAUCUGUCUGGACCCCGCGGUACAGGUCAGAGGCCUCGUCUGCAUUCUCGACUGCCGAGGCUGGGGCCUGCAGCACCUGCUCGGCUUCCCCAUAUCGCAGGUCCGCAAGACCAUCGAUCUGCUUCAGGACUGCCUGCCGGCGCGAUUCAAGGCCGUGCACGUGGUGCACCAGCCGUCGGUGUUCAACGUAUUCUUCUCCCUGGCCAAGCCUUUCCUCACCACGAAGAAUAUCAACAGGAUACACAUUCAUGGUUCAGACAUGGCCUCUCUGCACCAGUACCUCCCACCCAGCAUCCUUCCCGAAGAGUACGGUGGUGUACACGGCCCCUUCGACAACAGCAAGUACUGCCAGGGCCUGUAUGACCGGGAAGACAGCUUCGUCCAAGACCUCAAGUACGGGUACCUCACCUGAGCGGCGAGAAACGGGAGGAAAGACGCGCCACCGCUUGGUAGACUCGGCACCACGCUCGGCUCGGCCAAGAGGCGCACUGACUUUGAGGCGACGCGAUCGUCGAAGUAUUUUGUGCGUCCGAAGGAAUUACGCUGCAGCUUCGAGCGUGGGGGCGAACGCCCCAAGACUUUGUUCUUUUUUUUUCCCUCUCAUAACUCGGUUACAAUAACUCCCCCUUCCUCCCCGAAAAAAACAAAAACAAAUUGUCAGCUCCACCCACAACCAUCACUGUCGAUCACCGCAGAAAAUGUGUUUAAAAGAAGUGUUCAACGA